AUGGGAAACCCAUAUUAUCCAUAUUACCCAUACGACCCACUUCAAAUGCAAAUGUACGGAUAUCAACCAAUGCCUAUGCAACCUAUGUCUUACCCUUUUAUGUAUAACCCAAUACAACAACCCCCUCCCCCACCUGUUGCUUUACCACCAGAACCAGCACCUCAAGAAGACGCAAAAACCCUUUUUGUGGGUAAUUUGCUUCCCGGAAUGGCUUCGGAGCUGAUCGGGAUCUUCUCGGCGUAUGGAGAAGUGCUGAACACUGUUCAACCGAAAGGAAAGAACUACAUGUUCAUCCACUUCAAAGACGCGGAGUGCGCAAAGGAGGCGAAGGAUGAGAUGAAUAACAAGAACUACGGAAACACCAUUCUGAAAGUCAAUUUUGGUAAACAGACGCAACCUCCGGUCCAACCCCCUGUCAAUUUUGCACAACAACAAUACCAACAAAUGCAACAACAGCAACACUUUGCAAUGCAACAAACGAAUUACGAGAAGCGAGAAGAGAACGUUGAAUAUAAGCCAAAAGAAGAAGAGAGAGUUGGUAUUGAGCCAACGAAGACGUUAUGGAUAGGGGGGUUGAACAACAACGAAAUGGCUGUCUUCCCGCAACUCACUGCAUUUGGUGAAGUUGAAAAGAUUCGAAUAGCGAGAGCGAAGAACUGCGGGUUUAUCGAAUUCAAAAACGUUGAAGACGCGAAGAGGGCGAUUGACAAUAAGAUCCAUACACUCUCGGAAGAGUGCGGGGUUCGAGUGAGAUACGCUCGAGACGUCAUGCCACAAAGUCGGCUUUGGUUUCCGGAUAUGCCGAGCGAGUUUUUACUUCCUGCGGAUCUUCCUGUGAAACCCGUUGAGGAGGACAAUAUCAAAGAGUCGACGAAAUACAUAGUGAAAGUGUUGUGUGAGUAUUUAACUGUGCAAGGGAUUGUGUUUGAGCAAGUUGUGAAGAACAAAUGCGACAAUAACAACAACUUUGAGUUUAUGAAAGAGAACAACGAAGAGAACGAAUAUUAUAAAUGGAAGGUAUUUGAGGCGGUGAUGAAAAAAUACAAUAUGAAUCCUUUGGUGAAGGACGUCGACGGGUUGGAAGACGAUGAUAUUCCUCCUUGGGUAAUGGAAGAGGAGAAGGAGAACAAAGUUGAGAAUGAUGGGACGCAAGAGGAGAAGAAGAUGGAGAUGGCGUGA